AUGGCGUGUGGAAUUUCAAUGAAAUUGUCUGAAGACGUUGGGAUCUAUAUAUUCAUAAGGCUUCCAGUAAAAUCACUCAUGCGAUUCAAGAGUAUCUCAAAAACUUUAUAUGUUCUCAUAGGAUCCACCACAUUCGCGAAUCUCCAUCUAAACCACGCCACAAUCACAAAAGAUGAAUUAAUUCUCUUCAAGCGCUCCACCAAAGAAGAAUCAGAACAAUUUAAAAAUGUCUUGUCUUUUAUUUCUCAUAUUGGUGAUGAUGGUUUUAUUCCUCUUCAUCCAGAUCUAAAUGUGCCACAUCUAACAAAUGAUUAUGGUAGUUUAUUUCACCAUCUCAUAGGUCCUUGCCAUGGCUUGAUUGCUCUAACGGAUUCAGUUGUCACUGUCUUGAUUAAUCCAGCUACGAGACAUUACCGACAAGUGCCACCUUGUCCUUUUGGUUGUCCCAAGGGUUACCAUCGUACCAUUGAAGGUGUUGGGUUUGGGUUCGUCUCAAUUCUGAAUGACUACAAGGUCGUAAGGCUUUCAGAUGUUUUCUGGGAUCCUCCUUAUGGUUAUGCUGAGGGUAGAAAUAGCAAAGUUGAUGUUUAUGAAUUGAGUACUGAUUCUUGGAGAGAGCUCGAACCUGUAGAGGUGCCUAGCAUAUACUAUUUACCUUGUUCUGAGAUGAUUUACAAGGAAGGGGUUCACUGGUUUGCAAGUACAGAAAAAGUGGUGAUUCUUUGUUUUGACAUUGGAACAGAGAUUUUUCGUAAUAUGGAUAUGCCAGAUGCUUGUCAUUCUAUUAAGCAGUCACGUUAUGGCCUUUUAGUCUUAAACCAAUGUCUUGCGUCAAUUUGUUACAACGAUUCAGGAUGUGCAAUUGACCCAACACAAGAUUUUCUUCAUAUUUGGAUAAUGAAGGAGUACAGUGUAAGCGAAUCUUGGAUUAAAAAAUACACAAUAAGAUCUCUUAAUGUUGAAUCCCCAUUAGGUUUUUGGAAGGAUCAGUUUUUGCUAGUUGAGAGCAAAACUGGGCAACUUAUUUACUAUGAUGUUAAUUCGGAUGAAUGGAAGGAAUUAGGGUUACAAGGCUAUCGCACUAGUUUGAGAGUAAUAGUUUACACGGAAAGCAUAAGUUCAAUUCCUAGUGGACGCCAACAUGGCACACAAGUACAAAUAUUUUAG